AUGGUGGAGCCAAUCCUCGAAAAUGCUCGAAAAGCCAAAUCCGACGACCCACCGAAAAGCGACGCUUUCGAGCUCAUCUAUCCGCACGAUACACCGGAAUACGAUCCCGAUACAGGCGAGGAAUAUGGGUUCCAAUUCAUCGAACUCCUUCCUGGUGGGCGCUUUCUUCUCCUGGUCACCAGGCAAAGCCUUUAUGUAUGGGAUUUUGCACCUUACCUUGAAGGACUUGCGGCUCCUGUCGAGAGAAAGUUGGCCCUACCAUUGCAUUACGCACAUGACACACAGGUCCUCCCCUCCCUGGGCCCCGAUUCCACCUCUGUACGGUUAUUGAUUUGCAUUAAAUCCCACUUUGGCGAAUUCGCACAACUUUAUGGAGACUGGGACUCGGAGAGGUUGAGAGUUUAUUGGGUCAUGGAACUUUCCUUUGGAGACGACGACCUUCGACUCCGGAAGAUUGGUGAAUUUCCAAUACUCUACCCUCCUUCGGACGCUGGCGAUGAGUACAAGGAGUUAUGCCAAGAAGACCUUGAAUUCAGCGAAGAAAUCAUUAUAUUCCGGAUACUGCACACCGUCGUUCUCUGGAACGUUGUCAAGAAUGGGUACACAGUCUGGGAGCUCGACAAACGCGACCCGCCGGCGAUCAGAUAUCAGAUGGUGGCAGUGGGCGGUAACGUCUUGAUUUUCGAGGACAACUCAUUGAUUGUGUACGAAGUUCCGCCGCUGGUCCCACUCCCAGCUCCAGGCAGCGCCCUCGAUCUUGCCCACCCGCCGACGACUCCGAUUCCUCGCCAAACGGCAACAGUGCUGCCGGGGUAUGCUCUUGUCUGCGACAGCAAAUGUGAGCCCUGGAAAGCCUCUGCUGGCUACUUCCGGCCCCCACUUUUCUACGUGCGCCACGUGAACCCUACGGAUGCAACCACAAGGACUGCUUGGUACAACAUUGCUGUGGACAUGGAUUCGCCCAUGCCCGUCCAAGUCACCGAGCUGGGAUGGGAUACGGUGCGAGACCCAGCCGGCUACGAGAAGGUUUGCGCCUUCGAGCGACCCUGCAAUGGGAAGGUCAUUGGAACCUCCAUAUGGCGUCGACCAUUGCCGCAUAUCCCUGAAUCAAUGGUCCCUCAAGCUGCAUUUCUGCGUGUAUCCCUCUCCAAGCCAUCUCCUCGCUCGUUAGCUCGGCCCAAGUCACAACCGCACGAGUCAAUGCUCUAUCUCCUUACAAGGAUAGAGGGCAUCGAUUGGAGCUGGGAUGACGAGCGUAACAGCCUGACCCUUGCAGGUGCGGGAAACCUGCUGGAAUGGCACUCCAUCGGCCUGAGCGCUGACUUCUUGACUCCGUCGAGGAUUAUCAUCAAUCUGGCGCAAGUCGCAAGGCCUCUGUUCACAAGUCGGACCGCCUCGACAGGCCCAUUCGACGAUUGA